GUCCUUUGUUGUAUGCAACGAUGUUCCGUCUUGUUCGGUGUGUCGUGUGUGUCAAUAAAAAAGCAGUCACAGCCCUCGGAAAUGGCGGGAAUUACUCAACUGGAAGUAUUGUUCCAAUAUCAACAGGCAAAUACACAAAAGUAGAAGAUUAUUACGCGGGAAAAUCCGUGUUCAUCACUGGUGCUACUGGGUUUCUCGGAAAGAUGUUCGUAGAGCGGCUGUUGUAUAAUUGCAAGGAUAUUGAUAAAAUAUAUGUUUUAAUAAGGCCCAAAAAAGGACAGGAUACUGACAAAAGGCUGAAGAAAAUAUUUGACGUUCCAAUUUUCGAGAAAUUAAAAGAAACAAGGCCAGAGGAUUUGAGAAAAGUGACUGCUAUUGAAGGAGAUAUAACAGCACCAGAAUUGGGUAUCAAAGUUGCUGAUAAACAAAAACUAGCUGACCAGGUGUCAGUAGUAUUCCACUCGGCAGCUACAGUCAGAUUUGCUGACACGUUUGAUAUGAUAAUGAACGUGAAUUUAGAAGGAACCAGAAAAAUGAUAGAAUUUAGCAAAAAUAUGAAGAAAUUGGACUCAUUCGUUUAUAUUUCGACGGCAUAUUCUAAUUCGAACAAUCUGGUCAUCGAUGAGAAACUAUACCCGCCCAUUAAAGAUGUGGAGGAGGUUCGAAGAUUUGUUAAAGAGCAUGGAACUAAUGAGAAGAAAGUCAAGGAGUUCUUAGAAAAGUUUCCAAAUCCUUAUGCACUAUCAAAGGCUCUGUGUGAAGUUCUACUUGAUCAAGAUAGAGGGCACAUGCCUGCAAUAAUAGUCAGGCCUUCUAUUGUGAGCCCAAUCCUUAAUGAGCCCGUGAAAGGCUGGACCGAUAGCUGGGUGGCAGCUACCGCCCUCUUCAGUAAUAUCGCAAGAGGCCUCACGAACGCUGCGUAUGGGCGACAGGACGUGGUCUGCGAUCUGAUUCCAGUGGAUUACGUCACCAAUUUGACUAUUUUAGCUGCGGCUAAAGGAAAUAAAACAAAAGAUGUGAUGGUGUACAACAUCUGCAGCAGCGCAGUUAAUCCCAUAACUUGGAAACAUGCGUCUGAUUUAUUCUUAGAAGAGAGUAGAAAACUUGGCUUCAGCAAGAGAAAACAGCGUGAAGUAUUAUUGAGUAUGUCACCAGCAGUCGUUAAGAGUAUGACAUUUGUUUUAAAAACAAUACCCCUCUUUUUUGCUGAUGCGGGCCUGGUCAUGAGAGGAAAGAAGCCAUGGCAUCUGAAGGAACACCACCGCGCCAAUCACUUGAGAGACCUUUUGCAUCCAUUUUUAACAACAUCCUGGUUGAUUAAAUGCAACAGAACACUCUCCCUCAUAGAAUCUCUGGACGAACAUGAUAAGAGAAAAUUCCAAUGCGAUCCCAGUUUGAUAUGUUGGAACGAAUAUAUGAAAAUAUUCUGUUAUGGUGUAAAGAAAUAUCUCCUAAAUGGUAAAUAGGGAAUAAGAUGAGGUUAUUGUGUGGAUAUUUAAAUUAACGUUAUUUUAAUGUACGUGUAUUAUAAAUUAAAAGCCCGAUAAAACUACGACCAAAUAUGAAAGACAAUUAUUUUCUAAAAAUGGUUAUCGACGUUCCUGAGGAGACUUUUUAGAAUCUAUAGGGGGGAGGACCACCUCUGGAUAAAAUGGAAUUACUUCGUAUCAAAUAAAAAAAGAUUAUUACAGUGAAUCUAUAUUAGGGACUUACUUCAUAAUAUACUAAUAUAAUAAGAAUAUAUGUCUCGUUUUUGUUAAUCUGUCAUGUGAAAGCACUGAUCACUGAUCAAUUAGAUUUUCAUGACACUUUAUAAGCUUUAUAAUAUACUAGCUGUUCGCCCCGGCUUCGCCCGUGGUACAUAUAUAGUCUAUGUUACUCGUCGAUAAUGUAGCUUUCGAAUGGUGAAAGAAUUUUUAAAAUCGGUCCAGUAGUUUUUGAGCCUAUUCGUUACAACCAAACAAACAAACAAAGUUUUCCUCUUUAUAAUAUUAGUGUAGGUUAAUACUAGCUGUCCCGGCGAUCUUCGCAACGCCGCAGAAUAUCGUUUCGACACAUUUUCCUUCUUGUUCUCACACUUUAAACUUUCCUUAGAUCUCCGCGGACAUAUCAAGACCAAAAUAAGAUA